GUUCCCACAAUGCUGUGCGGCUGAGCGCCUCCGAGCCCGCGGGGACGCUGCGGGGGGACCCCGGCUGAGGCGGCGGCGGGGACGUGGGCUGCGGCAGGCCCGCGGCGUCGGGCGGUGCGGAUGUCGGGCUGGGCGGACGAGCGCGGCGGCGAGGGCGACGGACGCAUCUACGUGGGGAACCUUCCGACCGACGUGCGCGAGAAGGACUUGGAGGACCUCUUCUACAAGUACGGCCGCAUCCGCGACAUCGAGCUCAAGAACCGGCACGGCCUCGUGCCCUUCGCCUUCGUGCGCUUCGAGGACCCGCGAGAUGCUGAGGAUGCAAUUUAUGGAAGGAACGGUUAUGAUUAUGGCCAGUGCCGGCUUCGUGUGGAGUUCCCCAGGACUUACGGAGGUCGGGGUGGGUGGCCCCGUGGUGGGAGGAAUGGGCCUCCUACAAGAAGAUCUGAUUUCCGAGUUCUUGUUUCAGGACUUCCUCCAUCAGGCAGCUGGCAGGACCUGAAAGAUCAUAUGCGAGAAGCUGGGGAUGUCUGUUACGCAGAUGUGCAGAAAGAUGGAAUGGGGAUGGUUGAAUAUCUCAGAAAAGAAGACAUGGAAUAUGCCCUGCGUAAACUGGAUGACACCAAAUUCCGCUCUCAUGAGGGGGAAACUUCCUACAUACACGUUUAUCCAGAGAGAAGCACCAGCUAUGGCUACUCACGGUCUCGGUCUGGGUCAAGGGGCCGUGACUCUCCAUACCAAAGCAGGGGUUCCCCACACUACUUCUCUCCUUUCAGACCCUACUGAGACAGGUGAUGGGAAUUUUUUCUUUAUUUUUUAGGUGAACUGAGCUGCUUUGUGCUCAGAAUCUACAUUCCAGAUUGGUGAUUUAGUGUCUUAGGAAAUUUUUUUAAUUUUUUUUUUUUUAAGGAAAUAAAACUACAUAAUUUCUACCAGGGCCAUAUUAGCAGUGAAACAUUUUUAACUGCGGAAAUUAUGGUUUUGGUUCAGAAACAAGUUGUAUAUUUUUCACCCCUGAUGAUGGGAAAAAAACCAGUGCUGUAUCUUUGUGGGUUGCUCUUCUACGGAGAUCAGCUGUUACUGUGACUUAAGUCGGCCCAUUCUGUUUAGAAAUAUAUUUUAAACAUUUAAUAAUUGA